UCGUUCUUCACCCGUGGGCGACUCGUGCGUAACCGACUGGGCGUUUCUAGGCUGUGCUUGUUGUGUGGAGUUUGACAGCUACCGACUUGCUGGGGGCUGCUCCCGCGCAACGCCCGUCCAUCGACAUAUCUUGCAGCUUCACCGCUCAGCAGAGUUGCGCACAAGCUAAUGCGGAGGAGAGAUCCGUUGUUUGGGGCUGCAUAAGUUCGCAGCUACCAGCAUAUCCUCGCAGAUACAUGCCGUACGUUCCCUGGCAAUGCCCCUCAAGAAUCGAGGGUCUCCGCCAAUACUUGCGUCUUCCGCUUGCGGCACGUUGGCGCCACCAUCGGACAUUUGGCCCAAUCUUGGCUGGCCGGCUUUCAAGUCAUUUGACGUGCAUGAAGGAUGGUUCAGACUCCAUCGGUUCUCGGGAGUUCUUAGACAUGCUCACGCCGCGCCCUUGCUUUCCACUUCACCUACGUCGUGCGGGUCCGUACGCAUGUGUUAGCGAGUCUCGGCGACAAGAGUCAAUAAAACAAUCUACUCAAUCCUACCACACGCAUCUUCGAAGGUUUUUGGGCCCGUCUUGCACGCAUCGAGCUUCUUCGCGGCAUUGGCUCGACUUCACGCGAGUCUGGCACGUCUCGGCGACAAGCAUCAAUAGAACGACGAACUCAGCCGUAUCACGCAUGGUCGUCCGUCGCUCCGUCUGUCUUGCCCACGUCAAGCUUCUCCAUGACUUCACUUGACUGCACGCGAGCGUGGCUAUUCACCUGCGGUCCUCUCACAAGCACGUGAGAGGGUAAUUCACUUCCUUGUCACGUGUCCUCUCAAACACACCUCAAGUAAGGUAUUCGCUUUCAUUGUCCAGGGCGGCCUUUGAACGGGUAGCAUU